GCCGCGGUUUGACGCGUUCCCAGUUUCGGAAUAACGGAGUUUCUCGGGAAUUUGAAUCCUGAUAACAAGUAUUCGCAAACGUGUCGCAGUGGUUUUCAAAAAUGGUGAAUUGCUGCUGCUGCUGUUGAGUUCGAGCGGGUUAAAUGUUUGAAGAGUGAAAAAGCCAUCUAAGCAACAUGCGUCUAUCUGCUCGCAUCAAGUGCUUCAAGUACUUGGUUUACGCGUAUAUGAUCCUAAUAUCGGUAUGUGGCAGCGCGCAACUGGUGAUCGGAGCAUUCCUACUGUGGACCCACCGGCAGUACUCACCGAUCGUGAAGAAUCAGUUCUGGGAACAGUUUGCCGCGCUGAUCGUACUAGGGCUGAUCUCGCAAUUGCUUUGCUAUCUCGGGUGGAUAUCGACGAGCCGGAAGCAUCGUUGUUAUCUAGGAACGUUCUGCGCAGUUCUAGUGCUCUUCAUUGUGAUCUUAUUCAUAGUUAGUGGCUGGGCCGUCGCUACCAAGGCAAACUUGAUCGUGCCGGCCGAGCUGGCCAUCGAGGCCAGUUUUACGGAGUUUCUGUCCAAAAGUCUCUCCACAGACCAGACGCACCUGUGGAACCGCUUGCAGCGAGACUUUCACUGCUGCGGUUUCAAUGGCAUCCAUGACUAUAAAAAAGUGGGAGUUCCCUGGUCCUGCUACGAUCCGAUUAACGCGAAAGUAUACAGCGCCGACUGUAUGCACGUGUUCGUACGCAGCAUAGAGAUGAACAUGGUCCGUGUCGCCGUCGUGGCUGUUUGUUCGGCGCUAAUACAGAGUCUGGGCAUAUUUUGCGUCAUCCAGCUGACGAUGCUGCUGCGCCGGCCCAUCUUGAUGCUGCCCAACGGUGAUAACCACUCGACGCGUGUCAAGCCGUCAUACGAGCAGGCGCCACUGCAAUUGCCUACACACCACCACUCCAAUCCGGCGUCCCAGAGCAGUAGCAGCAGUAGUACAAAGCCAAAGCCGGCGAUUGCACCGAAGCCGGUGCUGACACGAGUGGACCCACCGGUCAUCAAGCCGCACUGAGUUCAAACCCUCAUCCAACCUGCCAGCGAUGCGAUCGUAGCGGGACGAUGUGCCCAUAAUUUAAGUUUUACUCAAGCCUUCUUAAACCGUACGAUCUUUUAGCGGUUAGAGUUUUAUAAACGUACGCAAGUAUCAGCCGGCAUUUUUUCGUCCAUAGGCUUUAGUUGAUAAUUCCGCGGUAACUCUUGUACUUAAGUUUCCGGUUCUUCCCCAUUCUACCACAGUCGGUGUGGCUUUAGUUGGAAGUCCCUGAACCGACGAGCGAAUGAAAUAAAUAUUUGUAAAAUAGACGUUAAAAAGAACGAAUGAGUAAGACAAGCUAGCAGGGUGACACGCCGCAGAUCCGAAAAACAACGCUACAAUCAGCACUGGCGCUAGGCAAAUAAUUUGCUAAGCCCCGGUAGGUUGUAUUGCAGAACCGUUUGAGUCUCUGGCACCUACGCUACACGUCCAUGUCGCACAAACACCAUGUACACGCUUCGCCAGUGAGAAUAGCUGCGAAACGAUUUUCAAACAAUGCUAUCUGCAAAGGUUUACAACGUGAGUAACCUAUGAAUCAUAAGGCAACUGCUGUUGUGCGGUACGAGAUAACAUCCUUUGGUGUCCGAAUUGGAAUGAAGCACGCUUAGGGCCAUAGGAGAGGAUGAACUAUUCCCGCCACUACUCUGAAUUCUGGAAGAAACUAUUUAUCCUUGUGGGAGCGUUUGAAAAAUCAAAACUAGGAGAUCUGCAUUUGUUAAGGAAACUAGCAUUAUCAAGUACUUUUACACUCGACUAAAUAAUGGUAGCAAAUAACCCAUUUGUGCAUCUACUUAUUACAUGCAACGGCUGCGAAUUAUUUUGAAUUAAACCGAAAUACGGCCAAGUAGGCACUGGACA